CGGGGAUUGAGGGCGAGAGGGAAAUAUGGCGGCCAUCAGGCGAGGAAGAACAUCAGUUGUUUUGUCGUCUGUCUCCUUACAAAUUCUUUUCUACUUAAACGGAGUUUAUUAUAUAGUUUAUUUCUUGGCAACCCUAUUGAUGAUUAUUUAUAAAAGUCAGGUUUUCACUUACCCAGGUGAUUUCUUGGCUCUUGAUCUUCUGUUGCUGUUCAUUAUGGGCAUUUUAGAAUCAAUCCGGCUAUACUUUGGUACUAAAGGGAACCUAACAGAAGAAGAAGCUCCGCUGGGGGUCAGUCUUGUUCUCUCUGUUGGCAGUGUAAUUCUGUCUGUCUACUUUUUGGUGUGGCAAACUUAUGUCCUGAGAGCAGAUGUCAUUAUUAAUGCUGUGCUACUUGUUACAUAUGGGCUUGAAGGAAUUCUACAGAUCAUAGCCAUUGCUGCAUUUGUCAGCUAAAUCACAUAUUGAUGUCUGUGGUGCAUUUAUUGCCUUCAAAAAACAGCACUAUGCAUCUUUAAACUGUAUCCUUGUAAAAGUACAGAGGUUUAAUUUUCUCAAAUGAAACACUGGCAAAGUUCAUCCUUGUUACGCUGCAAAGUUUCAUAAACCUUUUGUGAGCUAGCAUGUAAUCUGGGACUCUUAGAAUAACUAGUAGUCAAAUAUGUUUGCAUUUUUGUUGGACUCUAGUGUUAAAUUGGUAGGCAGAACACAGUGUUUGUAUGCAAAUCAGUGCUGAUUUACAAUUUAUGUGGCAGACAGGUUUGUUGUUUGUCCAUCAUGGCUUCUAGUGAACAACAUUGUGCACAGAAUCAUAUAGUAGACAAAUACCAGGAAUCCAUGAUAGUCCGUGGCUUCUUACAGUGUAUGUCUGCCACAUGGUUAUAGGCAUUGGUGGCCCCUUUAAAUGAUAAGUAUGUUUCUUGGGGAAAACAUAGUGAACAGGCAGCAUACAAUAUUAGUCAGAAUAAAUUUAACCAAGGGCCAUGAUCUAGAUUUUUGCGGCAUAUUGAAGGUGAUUUCCAUUAUUAUAAUAGAAUAAAAGUCAUGUAUUAAUGAAUCAGAUACUGUGUGCAUAUACAUUCAAUAUUCAGAUUUCAAAAGACAUUUUUUACAUGACUUGGAAAUUAGUAUGUGUCAGCCCUAAGUAUAUUUACUAGUAAGGUUGGUUUGCUGGUGUAUUGUACUUAAAGGAAUUGUAGAUUCAGGGUAAGUCUUGUUGAUUUCAGUGCAACUGUAAGGCUGAUGUGGGCCAGUUCUAUGUCUCUUCAGAAGUAAGUCCUAGUAAAUCAAGUAGAGUAUAUAUCAAUCAACAGUGCAGUCUAAAACAGAGUUAUACCCUUCUAAGUCUGUAAGGCUCUAGUCCUAAGGACACUUUCAUGGAAGUAAAACUGAUUAAAUAAAAUAAGAUUUACCCAUAGUCUUUCAGUAAAUAAUCUUUUAUUCUUAUCUUAUAGAGUUCUCAGAUGUCUAAUUUCCAAUGAGAGUCAGAAUUACACAAGUAUUAAAGGGUUCUCAGAUUUUAAAAACAUAUACAUAUUAUUAACAAACUAUGCUAUAACACAUUUGCAGACUUGGUUGGAUGAAGAUUAUUCCUUUGUACAUGAGUUACAGGAUACCAUUAAUUUGAUAACUUCAAUCAUUUAUCCCAAUAGUAAAUAGUUGUGGUUUUGUUUUUUGCUUUAAAAAAUGUCCAAAGAUACAUCUAAUGCUAGAACAGAACCCUGUUAUUCAAUUUUCAUACAAUUAAGAAAAGGCACUUCAGUAACUACAUCACUAAUUCAAGUCCCAUAUAAACUUCAAAGGAUUUUUAAAGUUGCUGUUCUGGGAACUGCAAUUUUGAAUAUUUUUUUCUUAUUCUGUCUGUUUAAAAAGUCACUUUCAUGUAUAUUUAAUGUGUCUUUGCCAAUAUUUUUGUUUUUAUUCUGUAAAACUUGUUCUGUAAAAACUUUUAGAAUGAAGUUUUUAGUAGCAUAGGUGUUCUAAAGAAGACCAUAUUUUAUGUAAUACUUGUCAUUUUUUAAAAUCUGUAUUUCAUAGGUUUAUAUUUUUCUAUCAGUAUAUUAAAAAUAAACAGAACAAAAUUGAUGCAGUUAUCAGCUGCAGAAUAAUUGUAUGUUUGGAGUUGGGGGGUUUUCUUUGGGUAGUUUCACUUCUCCUACAUUGUUAGACCCAAUAGGAAAG